AUGCCUUUGAACGAAAGAACCGCUCCUACUUACACAACAUCCAACGGAUGCCCAGUUAAUGAUCCAAAUGCUAUGCUCAAGAUUGGCCAUUUUGGUCCUAACUUGCUUCAAGAUCACCACUUGAUUGACCUUUUGGCUCACUUCGAUCGCGAAAGAAUUCCAGAACGGGUGGUGCAUGCCAAAGGCACUGGUGCGUAUGGUUACUUUGAAGUUACAGAUGAUGUCUCUGACCUAGUUAGCGCCGAUUUCCUUAAUGGAGUGGGAAAAAAGACUCCUCUUUUCAAUCGGUUUUCAACAGUGGCUGGCGAAAGAGGUACCGCUGAUGCUGAACGUGACACUCGUGGCUUUGCUACCAAGCUCUACACUAAAGAAGGUGUAAUUGACUGGGUGAAUAUCAAUAGUCCAAUAUUUUUUAUCAGGAACGGUAUCCAAUUUCCAUUUUUGAUUCACACACAGAAGAGCAGAGACCCCCAGACAAACUUCAAAGACCCAAAUAUUUUCUGGGACUUCUUGUGCAACAAUCCUGAAUCUAUUCAUCAAGUUAUGUUUAUUUUUUCUGACAGAGGUACUCCUGCUUCGUAUAGAAAUAUGGAUGGUUUUUCAUGUCAUACAUACAAGUGGAUUAACAAGAAUGGUGAAUUCCAUUACGUCCAGAUUCAUAUUCUUACUGACCAAGGAAUCAAGAAUCUCAGCAACGAGGAGGCACAUGCUAUGCUUGCUGAGAAUCCAGAUCAUGCUAGUCAGGACUUGCAUGAGGCUAUUGAGAAAGGCGAGUAUCCUUCUUGGACUGUUUACGUUCAAUCAAUGACUCCUGAACAAGCUGAGAAGGCGCCAUUCAGUGUCUUUGAUAUGACGAAGGUUUGGCCCAAAGCUGAUUAUCCUUUAAGGAAAUUUGGAAAAAUCGUUAUGAACAGGAAUCCGGAGAAUUAUUUUGCUGAGGUAGAGCAAGCUGCAUUUAGUCCUGCUAAUACUGUCCCAGGAAUCGAACCUUCUGCCGAUCCUGUUUUGCAAGCAAGAUUGUUCUCUUAUGGUGAUACGCAACGUUAUCGCUUGGGUGCCAAUUUCAACCAGAUUCCUGUAAACCGUCCACUUCAGGCCUAUUGUCCAUUCCAAAGAGACGGUCUCGGGACUAUCAACGGAAACUACGGGCCUGUGGCAAACUAUCCUAGUUCUUUCGAACCUCUCAACUAUCGGGCAGAUGCCACUCUAUCUGAGGCCCACGAGAAAUGGGUUGGUAAAGCUGCCAGCUUCCACUGGGCUGCCACCGAUGAUGACUACCAUCAAGCACUUGAGAUGUGGAAAGUAUUUGGAAGAAGUGGCCAGCAAGAUUCUUUUAUCCAUAAUAUUUCUCUCAAUGUGAAAGCUGCUAGGCCGGAUGUUCAGGAUAGGGUGUUUGAAAUGUUUAGCAAGGUUUCACCUGAAAUCGGCUCUCGAAUCAAGGAAUCUACUUUGAAACUCUCUCCUCGCAAAUAG